AUGAACCUCAUCAUCAAGAUGAUGAGGGCAAUCGGAUUUUGGUCUCAACCAGACGGAAGAUUCAGCUUAUGGAAGGCGAACUUGUUCAUGUUUUUCUGUUUCUUGUGGCCUACGAUCGUGAUUAUCCUGCGGCAACAGCAAAGCUUUCGAGGCUUAAUGCUGUCUCUGAUAGAAUGCAUUAUCUUAGUGAAAGUGCUGUAUCAGGCUAUUGUAAUUGUCUAUUAUCGUCCACAGCUGGAGCAAAUUUUCUAUGAACUAAAGUGUGUCCUAGAGCAAUGUUCCGUCGAUACGCAUUACGAUGUGCAAGCUACGCUACGUCCCCUGCAAACCUCUUCCGGUUGGCUUUUCAAAGGAUACAUCGGUAUUGAGGUGGUUAGCGUUUCGAUCUAUGCUUUAAUGCCAACAACUUUCGCUAUCUUUGAGUACGCAACCACAGGAAUUUUUCCACCUGUUACUGAAGAUAUGGAAGCCGAGGUUGCCAGUCAAAUGAAAACAGUGCUCAGUUCUUUGUUGCUGCUGCUCUACGGAACAUGUAUGUUUGUAAUCUGCAUGACCAUGAUGGUGCUUACCAUUGCUAAAGGAGACAACAGCUUGCUAAGCAAAAUGGGUGCCUUAUUGUGUUUCAUAUUCUUCCAAAUAUUUUCUUAUUCGAUGUUGGGCACGGAACUCAUGACAUCGAGUUCGUUGAUGGCGCAGGCAGUCUAUGCAACACAUUGGCACCACCGUUCAGUUUCCGAACAGCGCAGCCUACUGUUCAUGCUGGGGCGAUCACAGCGCGCGACGACUCUAACUGCGGCGCAUUUCUUCAGUGUGAAUCGUGCCACAUUUGCUACGACUCUUAAAUCCGCGUUCUCUGCGUUUGCGGUAUUAAGGCAACUUUAUGACUCAUCACAGUAUCAGUGAAAACAACACCUGCUCAUUCGCUGG